CACAUGUCUGAAGUUUAGUCCCUGUCAGAGGGCGGGGUCACGUGCAACUUCUGUACCAAACUUUUAAUUCCUAUAGUUACUCAAUCCUGUACAUACUGAGCGUUUACAUUCCAGCCAUUAAAAUGGAAAUUCCGGCUAUAAACCUGAAGGCCAUCCUGGUGGUCCACUGGUUCCUGACAGUCUGCGGCUCCAUUUUCUGGCUGCCUCCUUCCUACAUCGCUGCUAACUUCAGUGUGCUGGCUGUGGGCGUGUGGGCCAUGGCUCAGAGAGACUCUGUAGACGCUGUACUGAUGUUCCUGGUUGGUCUGUUGAUGACGAUCUUGAUCGAUAUCAUCCACUUUGCUGCACUUUACUCGCUGACCUCUAGUGAUUUGUUCCGCUUCUGCGUGGGCAUGGCCAUCCUCAGCCUCCUCCUCAAACCUUUGUCCUGCUUCUUCGUCUACCAGAUGUACCGUGAGAGAGGCGGCGAAUACAACAUCAACUUCGGUUUUCCGACAGUGACCCGGAACCGAGACACCUAUCAGUCCAUCGAUCAGCAGGACCAACCUGACAACUCGGCCAAGCCGUUUAUCCAAGGAGACGGCCAGAAACAUGCUGUGCUAUCGUACUGAUUUAAGCCUUAACUCGUUAUCUUUCUUUUCUUCUUUUUUUUUCUUUUUUCUUUUUUUUUUUUAAUGUUUGCUGCUCUACUGGAAAAAAAUGCUUAAAAGGUACUAAAAUGUUGCAUUGCUUGUAACUGCUGGGAGACCCUCAGGGGUCAGUAAUCAGCACCAUUAUUUUAUGUCUUUCACCUGGGAAAGUGAAUGUAGUUGCUUUUAAGAUGAUUCAGGAGUCAUCCUUAGACCUUAUUUGGAUCUAAAUAAGUUCUCCAAGAUGGAUUGAAUAUAAAACACACAGACACGCGUACGAGGAAUGUUCUGCUGAACAUCCCACAAGCAAUAAUACAGUUUAGUACGUAUUUUUUCUGUUGGAUUAAUUACAGCUUGUGCAUCAGUGAUGCAUCACAUGUUACAUAAACUGCCUCGAUUUGUUUUCUGUUACAAACUUUACAGCACUAUAGUUAAGUGUAGCAGGUCACAGGUACGCAACGCCCGUUUUCUGUCAUUUACGUCCUUGUAAGUUUUUGAUAAUGUAUAGAUAUAAGGUGCUUUAUGGAAGAAAAUAUAUGAAAAUAUACUUGUAUACAUAACUAUAUAUCAGUACGAUUGGACAGGUUUAUGUAUGUAUGUAGUAUGCAGACGUCGAGACGUUGAUAACCACACGACGUCAUAUCAUGAUAUCUAGUAUAAUGGACUACUUGCACUCAGGGCCAUGAUGUGUUUUCAUUACAUUUGGCAGUACAGUGAGACAAGGACAGCUAAUAUUUGUUUUAGUUUUUUUUUCCCUCCAGUCUAACAUUCAACUAGAUAUUGAUUUCUAUUCAGAGGUGUUUUUGUCCCUGCAUAGUGCUUCCCAAAUCACAUGAGCUUGAACUUCACUGAUAUUUAUUUAUUUUCAGGAGCUCUUGCAGACACCGGGUGUAAAAUAGCAACGUUAUAGUGGACGAGCUGGAAGGACACUUUAGAAUAGAAGAUUUUAUUCUGUCACGCGUACAUUACAGCACAGUGAAACUCUUUCUUCACAUCUCCCAGCUUUAGAGGUUGGGGUCAGCGCACAGGGUCAGCCAUGAUACAGCACCACUGGUUCAGAGAGGGUUAAGGGCCUCACUCAAGGGCCCAACAGUGGCAGCUUGGUGUUGCUGGGACUUAAACCAUUAACCAUCCAAACAACAACCCAGAGCUUGAGCCACCACUAAUCUUAAAGUGAUCUAAAGUGUUUGGUAUAAAGUGUUUAUGCAAGUAGCCCAUUAUAUAUACCUGUGGAAUGAAGGAUUACAGACGAGGUUGAAGGAAAAAAAGAAUUAGAGGACAUGAGUUUAACUGAAAAUGAUUACUAGAUGCGAGGGCAAUUUCAUGUCUUAAAAAGUAAUAUUAGAUGAUGUGUUUUCAUAAUGUAGAAAAAGGAGAGAAUAUAUAUAUAUAUAUAUAUAUAUAUAUAUAUAUAUAUAUAUAUAAUGUGUAUAUAUAUAUAUGUAUGUAUGUAUGUAUGUAUGUGUAUAUAUAUAUAUAUAUAUAUAUAUAUAUAUAUAUAUAUAUAUUUAUAUAUUUAUAUAUGUGUAUGUGUCACUUUAUAAUGUUUUUGGAUGGAUGUUGUUCCAAAGUUUUGCUAUUGAACAAAGAUGCUGGAUAAUAAUAUCACUCAUAUACUGUACACUACUGUUUCUUGCUCUCUUUUAGUUUUUCGAAGCUCUUUCGUAACAGUAGAAAUUUUCCUCUUGUGGUACUCCACUUCCUGUUUAUUAGUCAACAUCAAUCUCAUGUGCCAGUUCCCCAUUUUGUAAUCACUGAUGUGGAGUAAAUUCCUCUGUCUUUAA